UUGCGUCUAGAGAUUUCCGAAAACGUUUCGCAAUCAUUUUCUAACCGCAGGCCACCGUACUGCGUCAGCUGUGAUGUCAUUAGCAAAAACAAGGUUCACAAAGUGGGUGUUGAUUGCCUUCUUCAUCGCAGCAUCUGUUCCUAAUUAGAGAUUAUCCCAUUUAAAAAUCCACGGCGGAACGUUCGGGUCGUUUGCGUUGUGGCGCAUGCGCUCCAUGGUUUGUUGCUUCUCGCUUAUUUUACUAACGAGAUUUAGCGUACGGGACGCUAGCGUCAUGCUAAUAUCACGAGGCUAAUAUCACGAGGUGAAUAUCUGAUGUCAGCAGUAAUCAGUAAUAAUAUUUAGCGUUGAAUCACGCCACGCCAUCACCUGCUAACCAGGGAAUCUGAUACCGACAAAUAGAUGCUUGGCUGAUCCAAACCAAAAGCACUCUUAAAGAUUUCCCCCCAAACAGUUUUGAAAGUGGACACUAAAGGACAGACUCGCAGGGUGUCGGGACACAGUGGAUCAUGUCGGACCUGGACACCCUCAUCGUGACCUUUCAGACCCAGCUCUCCGACGUGAUGGAGGCUGUAGUGAAGACAGCGAUGUUUGAGGUGACCAGGCUGGUGGAGGACGUCUUCAUGAUGGAGGUGAGGCGCAGCAAACUGGAGGUGGACUCUCUGAGGCUGCAGCUGCAGUGGACCAGGAGCAAACACGGCGGGGAUGCAGAAAGGACCGACGGGUCUGUUCAGUCGGAGAGCAGUGAAGCAGAUCAGAGUCCGGUCGUGGUAAAAGCCAAAACAGAGGAGCAUGACACAAUGAGUGACUGCGAGGUGAAGAAUCCAGAUGCUGCAGUUGAACAUUGGUUGUCAAAUAGCAGCGAAGAAUCCAAGACCGGGUCGGCAGACAAUCCAGAACCGAUCCAGAGCCCUGGAAGAGAGUCAAAGAUCACAGGCGAAAAGGAAAUCAUGGCAACUACUGAAAUGAAAGAGGAAGAACUAAAGAAACCGUCUUCCUGUUCUCUGCAUUUGAGAGAGUGGAGCAGUACUUCUGAUCGUGAAGCUGGACCAGAGAAUGCAGGUGACUUGCUAGAGGCACAGCCGACACCAGCCCAAGCAAACGGUGAAGAGCUGCAGAGAAAUCUCAUCAAGCGAGACCCACAGAUGUCCACUGAUUGUGCGUAUCCCGAGACCCAGGACGAAACAGAAGUGGUGGCGGACCAGACCAAUGUGUUAGCUUUUGAACUUAAUUCCAAGUGGGCUGACUUGCCGGCCACAGCAGCUGAGCUCCAGCAGAAUCACAAGCUUGGCACAGAACCCGAGUUUCCAGGCCCACCUAAAGGUUCUGUGAAUUAUCUGGAGCAUGAGCUUCCUGGCUCUGCCAGAGCAGAUGUUCAGUUUACCUUAGUCAGAGAUCAGGUUUCCCGUUCUGAAUCUCCCAAAGCCAGACUGCGAGCCAACAACACGCCCAGCGUGAUCGUUAAAGAAGAAGUCCUUAUCGAUUCUGAUGGGUUCACAGAAAGGGUGAGUACAGAAAAGAAAGCUGGGGCACAAUCAUUCACCGGUUCGUUACAGGAACAAAGUGUGAACUCGGCAAACAGACCAAACCACUUUUACCACAGAUCCUCAGCACAGGAGGGAGUGAAGCUCCAGUCUCACAGGGGUUCAGGACUGAGGCUACAGGCAGCCAUACAACACCUCCACCGACCACCGAAGAGGCCUCCACACAGACUGUCCAACCUGACAACAGCAGCGCUCUCUGACCCUCACUCUCAGGUUGCACCUUCAAAUAACCCCAACAGGGUUUCCUCCACAUCCAAAGCUGCUUUGUCUUUGCAGCCACUGCAUCGUGUUCACCUGGGUGACAAACAGACCGUAGCUCUGCACCGCGCCAACGCCUCGUGGGUCGGCAUCAAAUCCCACAAUCACCCUGCAAACUGCCAUCAGUCGGCCCGCAACCCCGUCUCCCUUUCUGAUUCUCCGCUGUACAGGCCCUUCCUGCGCUGCGAGGAGUGUGACAAGAGCUUUCCCCACCCCAGCAACCUGAAAGCCCACAUGCAGAUUCACACAGGCGAACGGCCUUUUUGCUGCCCGCUCUGCGGCCGCAGCUUCACUAAGCUCAGCAACCUCAAAGCCCACCGUCGUGUCCACACGGGCGAGAGACCUUACUGCUGCUUGGCAUGCGGCAAACGCUUCACCCAGAAAUGCAACCUGAAACGCCACCAGAGGAUCCAUCUGGACGUUUGACCUCAGAGGUCUGGAGGAGAAGGAAAAUUCAUGAGUGUUUUGUGUUUUAGCUCGAGACGGUCAGGGCUCACUUUGCAGUGCAGCACAGUUGGUGGUCUGCGUCACGAGACUACCCCUCUAGAUUUGAUUAGUUCUGUGCACUCCUAUGAAGCUCACCUGCUAACCUCUACAGGUGUGCUGGGCUCACUGUAGGAUGACAAACACUGUGUGUGGUGUGUGUGUUUCAUAUUGUUAGACGAACCAGCUAAUAGUCAUUACAGAAAUUAAAUGUUUAGUUAUUUCUUAUGUGGACCGCAAGUUAUUUAUAAAUGUACAGUGCCAUGAAAAAGUGUUUGCCCCCUUAAAGAUUUUUGCUAUGAUGGCAGCAGUUUCAUGUUUCAAAUCAACUUUAAUAUCAGACUAAAACCAAUCGAAAGCAACCUUAUGCCAGAUUGAUUUGAUUGAAUAGUCACAACUUAUUGCUGACUGAGAAAUUGCCUAUAUUUUUGAUAAGUGAUGGAUGUCAACAAUCAAGAUAAUCAAUUAAAUAGAACUUGUCUGAUAACAUGAAAUAAUUGAUUGGAUUUCAAAAAGCAACACAUUAUUCCCUUGUCUGCACAAACUUGGCAGAUGAGAAAUGGUACUCGACAGCCUGGAAAGGGUUACAAAGUCAUUUCUAGAGUUUUGGGAGUCCAGAGAAACAAAAUUCAGUCUUGAUCCACACAAAGUGGGAAAAUGUGGAAUAGUAGCGAACUUUCCCAGGUGUAGCCGGUCUACCAAUAGAAUACAAAAGACCCCAGAGCAACAUCUAAAAGCACUGGCAGCCUUACUUUGGUGAAGAGCAUUGUUCAUGAUUAAACACUAAAAAGGAAAAACAACACCAUACCUUGUGUAUGACGUUGCACCGUUCGUACAAAGAGAAGCUGGGCAGCAGUCAUCCAUGGGAAAGUUUCAAGCCCAAAAUUAACAUCAGCCAACAUCAUUUUGAACUCAUUACUUUGAAUUUUGUUAUAAGAUUCUGUAAAUGUUCUGCAUCCUUUUACAUCCAUUAGAAAAUGUCCAGCCAUCAGUUUAUGACCUUCAGUUCAAGCACAUUUGUACAGCAGGACAAUGAUCCGAGGUGUGCUAAUAUGUCCAAAUCCUAAGGCUCAAAAUGGCAUCACAAAGGUUUUGGGGUGGUAUAGUCACCACCCCAAGGUCUGAACUUUGCUGUCAGGAACUUUAGGUCAAAGUUCAGACCUAAAUGCGGUUGAAAUACUGCAGCACACAUGCCCAAUGACACAACCUUUGACUUUGUUCUCUUUAUGCAUAAAGACUAUAAUUUGA